UGGCCAUGAAAAAAUGGUUUUUCAUCUUUGACCACGUCGAUGGGCCAAGGACGAGGCGCGAGAUAUUUCUGUCAUCGUGAUGAUGCCUGACACCUGUGGGUCUCCCCUUCGCGACCCUUUCCGCUCCGAUCCCGGCGACGAUCAGAGCGGAAAGGGCGACCAUUCUGCGGGUUCAGAUGUGCUGACAUCAUCGACGGCAGUUCUCGAGGACUAAGUCCCGAUCGUCAAACAAAUCGUACAUUAAGUCCAUAGAGUCAAACAAAAGCCAUCUCAUGUAUGCAAAUAAAUUCAUUCUCGUGGGAUUCAUUGAAAGAUCGAUCUCUACAACAGGAGCAUGGCAGGGCCUUAUACGUCAAUCAUCAGAACACGGGUAUUGGGCAAUCUCUAUGCCCGGCACGCGUGGUUUGCUAAAUGGAAGUGACGAGUGAUCAUCGACGACUCGACUUUGCAUAUGCUGCAGCGGCAGCGUGUCUCUUAACAGCCAAUAAAUAUAUUACAGAAAAUUUUGAAGAAAUUCUAAGAUACAGGUGAGAUACAUACUCCUAUUACCAAACAAACAAUCGUCUAACCUCCUCUUCAGGCGCUUCCCUUUCAUUUUCGAGGUAACAAGUUGUGCAGCUUCGGCCGUCCUUUCCUUUGUCGCACUAUGAAGUCUUCCUACCUUCUUUGCAAAUUAUUAAGUUGACUUCGAUAUCGUAAGAAAAGGGAAAAUAAAUCUACAAGGGACAGUUAGCUCGUGCAAGGAAGAGAUGGGAGACGCUUGUGUCGAAGCAAGAUCUUCCAUCCGGCAAUAUUAUGUAGAAUUGCAGUCCGAAUGGUAUGAUCUUGGAUUUAGAAGGGAUGUAUUCGACUACUGUUGUGAGAAAAGUGAACCAGGCUGCUUAAUCUCUGUGCUUCUAGAUUUAGGGUUCUUCCCAUAACCCAAACACGUCCAGCCACUCUCAUCCAUAGAGAAAAAAAUACUCCUGAUCAAGGUUUCUCACCCGUUGAGAAAGCAGAUGAGGCUCGUGACAAACGUUUUAGCUACAAAUAGUGCUGAGUAGGGUCAUGACGACUGUCUGGAGGUGUCCUCUUGGGAGGCCUCGCUUAAUCUGUCCAUAGGUAGCCAAUGAUUGCUGCAAUGGUUGUUCGCUUUUUUGAGACACAUAUCAUAACAACAGUAGAUGUUGUUCUGAGGAAACACAGACGAGGAGUUUAAAUGUCCGCAAGGACCAUUCACAAAGUGUUUCAACCAUGAUUAUGAACAGUCAGGGAAACUUCUAGGUUGAUGAAAUAACUGUGUUUUUUUUAAUUUUCGAGUUAGAAUGAAGAAUAAAUGGAUGUUGGGAAACCUCGGUGUUCUAAACUCUACGCUUGGUUACUCCGAGUUGACCCACUGUUGUGGUGUAUAUUGCACCGCUUGAGUCCAAGGAGAAUUUAGAUUCUUAUUUCUUGCAAAUUAGUCUCCAAGGACUUGGUUGAAUUAUGAUAUAGAGGAAUUAUCCUUUAACUCAUCCAUCUAUUCAGGAAAGGUAGGAGAAUGAGGAGCUUGGCCUUUUUGCAUUGGUGUUGCUAACAUGGUUAGAUUGCCAGGGCUCGUUGACAGAAGAAUCUUUAUUUUCCAUCUCCUUGUAUGGCCUUUCUGUUAUAUGCAUUCCCGUGCUUCCUUCUGGAUAUGUUUACUCUGACUGAUCUUUAUGGUUGUGUGGCCUUCUGUCCUGUCUCAGCCCUUUCCUUAGCAAACGUUGGACUUCGAUGCAGGUCCAUGACACCUGGACUUGCAUGAUCAUUUCAGGCCGUCUUUGUCUUUUAUAACCAGCAACUCGUUGAUUUCCUUUCUGUUCUUUAGAGGAAGUAGCGGGGUUGAAUUUGUUCGUUGCGACGGUGGCCACGUAACAUUGCAUGGCUCAAGAGAUUCAAAGAAUGUGGAUCUAGCAUCACAUCGCUGCAUUGGAGGAGGAUCGAUCUGGGAUUUUGACGUGUAAUUUCUGCUCCAGUGUUUUGUUUGUAGGAUCAAUGCGUUUUUGGGGUCCUCGAGUGUUGGGUGUGGUGAAGAGAAGAUGGAAAGAUUUUACAGAGAUACAUUGCUUAAAGAAUGGAGCAGAGUCUCCUUCGUCGGGUGGAUUUCAUUACUCCACCCGGAGCAGUGCCGGUCGGCCCGAGGAAUUGGGGGAUCGUAACGCAGACAUAUUCGACCGAGCUUUGAAAAGAACGCAGAGGGAUCGGGCAGCUUGGUUGAUGGGAGAGAACGAUCCUCUUCUUGAAACUGUCACCGAAAAUCUCUUGGAUCGGCUUGAUGAUUGCAAGAGAAGUUUUCCAAUAGCUCUAAAUUUAGGAGGAGCUUUUCAACAUGUAAAUCAGCUGCUUCAAGGAAGGGGUGGAAUUGAGAAGAUGAUCUCCAUUGAUAUGUCCGAGGAUAUGAUGAGAAGAUCAGCACGGCAUACGGCUACAGACGAGGACAAAAAUGCUGAACCAAAGAAGAAGUCCAUUGAAUAUAUCAAUGUUAUUGGAGAUGAGGAAUUCUUGCCAUUAGGUGAGGGAUCCGUGGACGUGGUCAUUAGCUCAUUGGGCCUCCAUUGGGUGAACGAUCUCCCAGGGGCCAUGACUCAAUGCAGGAUGGCACUCAAGCCAGAUGGGUUGUUUCUAGGAGCUAUGCUGGGUGGAGAAACUCUCAAGGAGCUUAGAAUAGCUUGCACAGUGGCACAGCUUGAACGCGAGGGUGGUAUCAGUCCUAGAAUAUCGCCUCUAGCUCAGGUGCGAGAUGCAGGUAAUUUGUUGCAGAGGGCUGGCCUGGCCUUACCGACCGUUGAUGUAGAUGAAUACACCGUCAGAUAUCCAUGUGCGUUGGACCUUAUCGAGCAUCUUCGUUCCAUGGGUGAAGCCAAUGCAGUAAGGCAAAGGAAUCCGGUUCUAAAGCGAGACACAGCUUUAGCUGCUGCAGCAGUUUACGAAUCGAUGUUUGGAGAUGCAGACGGGACCAUCCCUGCCACUUUCCAGGUCAUAUACAUGGCAGGAUGGAGACCUGCACCAACACAGCAAGCCCCCAAGAGACGAGGCACAGCAACUGCCUCCUUCCGUGAUCUACAGAAAGUGUUUCCAGGGGAAGCCGGCCCAAAACAACCUUGAUGUGCAUAAAUCAAAGGAUCAAGGCUUGCUGAUAUACUUUGCCGCUUACAAUCCACACCUCUUGAUCCGCGUAGUGUAGUUUUCAACUACGUUCAUCAUUUGAAAAGUCCCUGAGAACAAUAAAGCAAAAAUUGAGCUCUUCCUAAGCCAACUCAAUCGUGUUUUUUCUUCGCUGCGGACGUUAUCUAAUAUUCUUGUCUGUUUAUGGAGUUUUGACAUCGAUCAA